AUGGCGAGGAUGUGGAAAGCCCUUCCGCUUUGUUUCGGCGCUGGUCAGCCGUCCGCAGCGCCUAUACCGGGUCCGCAUACAAAUGCGGAGCCCAAGCGGUGUGUACAAUGUUGGGUGGUCCAUAGUAAUGAUCUGCAUGCCGCUGGACAAAACGUAUACGCAUACGUGCGCGGGUACGUCUGCGGCGAUGUGGCGAUUAAGCGAUCCGCGCACCCUUGCGGCUACACGACAUUCUACCACUAG